GUCCAGAUACGCCCUCCUUCAGCGGGGGUCCACACGGACACUGGCACGCGCAAGUUGCCCGCGAUUGAUUGACGCCAACGUCAGCCUCCGCCUCCACCUCCCACCUCCACGUCUAUUAAACGCAGCCGCCUCCUGCUUCUCGCCUUCCCCACCAAAUUUCCGCCGAAGCAGAAAAAGCAUCGUCUCGUCGAGGAAUCAACAGCCAUGGGCGGCGGCAACGCGCAGAAGUCCAAGAUGGCGAGGGAGAGGAACCUCGAGAAGCUGAAGGGCGGCAAGGGGAGCCAGCUCGAGGCCAACAAGAAGGCCAUGAACAUCCAGUGCAAGAUAUGCAUGCAGACUUUCAUCUGCACCACCUCUGAAGCAAAGUGCAAGGAGCAUGCUGAGGCGAAGCAUCCGAAGAGCGACCUCGUCCAGUGCUUCCCCCACCUCAAGCAGUGAUAUCUGCCCAAUCAGAUGGAGAGAGAGAUAAAAGAGAGAGAGAAGCUGUCAUAAUCCACCUAGUAUUAUCAUGUUCCGCAAUGACUGAUUGUUGACCUAAGCUUGGGUCUGAACUCUGGUGUGCUGCUGUCCCAGCUGCUUUGGUUGUGUGCCCAUCUACUAUGUAAUCGUCCUCUAUCAGCCUGUUGUGCUACAAUAUCUUAGUCCUGUGUGGAUUUGCUCCUCGUGCUUAGUCAGUAUGCUGUCACAAAAUUUAUCUUUUUGAUAA